CAAUCUCUCUCUCUCUCUCCUCUUUCCUUAAGCUUUUCUUAUUAUCAAAAUGCCUUUUUCACCUCGUUCCAGGCCCUAAUUUAUCCUUCGUUUUCAUGUUUUAAUGCUUAUUUUUUGUUCAAUUUUGGUUCAGAAAUUCAAUCUUUCUGCUCGACAAUGGAGGUUUUGAAGGAUGAUUUCUCCAAUUUGGAAAUUGGGUCUUCCUUCGACUCCUUUCAGAAGUUUUUGGACUCCCAAAAGGAUCUCUUUCGCUCCCAGGUCGAUCAGCUCCAAACAAUUGUCGUCACCCAAUGCAAACUCACUGGCGUCAACCCGCUUUCUCAAGAGAUGGCUGCUGGGGCUUUGUCAAUUACAAUUGGAAAAAGACCCCGAGACCUGCUCAACCCCAAGGCUGUAAAGUAUAUGCAAACUGUUUUUUCUAUUAAAGAUGCACUUAGUAAGAAAGAAUCCCGAGAAAUCAGUGCCUUAUUUGGUGUCAAAGUAACACAGGUUCGUGAGUUUUUUAAUAGCCAACGUUCAAGAGUGAGGAAACUUGUUCGCGUGUCACGGGAAAGAUCCAUUCAAUCUAAUUCUUGCAAACAACUUGAAGUUGGAGGGAUUGCAACAAACAAUGACCCCAGCAUCCCAAUUGAUGCAGUUCCCUUGAACUCUGAUGCAGUGGUUCCUUUGAACUCUGAUGCACCAAUGCCAUUGAACUCUGAAGCUCCGGUUCCUUUGUAUUUUGAUACACCAGUUCCCUUAAACACUAUCGAACCCAGUAAUGUCGAUAAUGGACCAUCCUGUUCAACACAGGAUAGUGAACUAUCUGGCAUAGAUGGUGUAGACAAACAUUUUGUUCAAACUAUAUUCAGUAUGAUGCAGAAAGAAGAAACAUUUUCUGGUCAGGUUAAAUUGAUGGAAUGGAUCUUGCAGAUACAAAAUUCUUCAGUACUAUGUUGGUUUUUAACUAAAGGUGGUGCUAUUAUUUUAGCAACUUGGUUAAGUCAAGCUGCUGCUGAAGAACAAACAAGUCUCCUUUAUGUAAUUCUUGAGGUUUUUUGUCAUUUGCCUUUACACAAGGCUCUUCCUGUACAUAUUUCAGCGAUACUUCAAAGUGUUAAUUACUUGCGAUUUUACAGAACUUCAGACAUAUCAAACAGGGCAAGGAUUUUAUUGUCAAGAUGGAGCAAAUUGUUGGCAAGAUCUCAAGCGUUAAAGAAACCCAAUGGCGUCAAACUCUUGACCAAUGUGCAAACAGAUAUGAUUCUGAAACAGAGUAUUGGAGACAUCAUGUCUGAUGAAUCAUGGAGAUCGAAUAUGGACAUGCCUGAAAAUUUUGUCACUUCAAACGUAAAUGCAGACAACAUGAGGAAACCAGAAUCUCAUCAAACGUUGAAACUUUUGCCGGCCUCUUCCGACGAUUUGAAUCGGAAGAACGUCCUAGGUCUAUCUUCAUCCAGAUUCAGAGAACGCAGAAAAGUUCAGAUGGUAGAACAGCCCGAUCAGAAAAUUGCUGGCAGAAAUUCACAGGCUCAAAGAUCUUCUCCUGCGAGUCAAGGUCGGCCAAUGUCUACCGAUGAUAUUCAGAAAGCAAAAAUGCGAGCACAAUUCAUGCAGAACAAGUAUGGGAAGACAGGUGCAUCUAAUGGUCGUACGGUUGUGAAGUCUGUAAAUGUAAAUAAACCAUUACAUAUAGUUUCCGGUGCCUCGUCUCCAGCAUCUAAAGUCUCUCUUCUUCCCAAAUUUGAGGACCAAAAAAAAGCUGUGGCGCUGUUUCCAAAGUUCAAUAAUAAGGUUGAAACCCCACUCCAUUCAAAGAUUGAAAUGGACUUCAAGGAUUCGCUUGGGGAGAAAUGUAAGAGGGUCCAGAUCCAAUGGCGGAUGCCACCAGAAAUGAAACUCAAUGAUCUCUGGAGGGUAGGUGAUGGGGAGAAUAGUAAAGAAGCUGGAUUCCAAAAAAAUAGGAACUCUAGAGAGAAGGAAACUUUCUACCAGACCAUUCUUGAUAUACCAUCAAAUCCCAAGGAGCCAUGGGACCUUGAAAUGGACUAUGAUGACUCUUUGACUCCUGAAAUUCUGACUGAGCAAUUGCCUGACAAUGAAAGUUCAGAAGCAGAGGUUCGUAACCAUGUGGUGGAUGCUGCUGUUCCAUCAGAGGUGAUCUCAUCUCAAGAUCUCAAGCCAAAUGCAGCUGAGCCAGAUCUGGAAUUACUUGCUGUACUUUUGAAAAAUCCAGAAUUAGUUUAUGCUCUAACUUCUAGCCAAGCUGGUAGUUUGCCUACAGAGGAAACCGUACAACUGUUGGAUAUGAUUAAAGCAGCAGGUGGGGCUAGUAAUUUGGGCGGCGUUACUAGGAUGGAAAAGACGGUGGAGAAAGUUGAAGUCUCUCUUCCAUCUCCAACUCCUUCAAGUAAUGCUGGAACGAGUGGAUGGAAACCAGCAGCGUUGAGGAAUCCUUUUUCCCAGCGAGAUUCCAUUGCAGAAAGCAGAGUCGCACUCUCUUCCCCACCAGUUGAUACUUCAAGCAUUGCAGUAUCACGUAUUGUUACACCGAACCAACAACACACAGCUAUGCCACCAGUGUCCCACCAGCUUCCUGCAUCAGUUUCUCAAUUUUCGCAUUCACAAACUAUGAUCAACGGGUGCCAAUCCCAUCAUGUAAUUCAUUCUCAUCAACACCAACAGAGCAUUGUAAACUCUCCAAAUGUUCAGAACCCGGAAACAGCCCUGCCAUUGAGGGGUUUCCCUAUCAACAAUCAACCCUUAGUUAAUCAUUUAACUCCAGCUGCCUCUUCAGCGAGGAUUGAAGGUCGGAGUAUUGUUAAACCAUCAUUUACAUCAAACAUACCAGAAAGAAUACCAAUCUCAUUCCAAUCACCUCCUUCCCCAACCCCUACUCAAAUGCCACCAAUUCAACAGCAAAGACAACAACCACAAUUACAACCAUUUCGUUCAGAGCAUCCGCAUCUGCAUCCGCAUCAUCAAACUCGUGUAAAUAUCUCUUUACCACCAGCUGAGAAAUCAGCCCCUAGUUUAGGUUCUUGGAGACCAAGACAGCAGGAUAUUAGUUCUCAAUAUAACAACUCUGGAGCAUCAGCUAACCAAAAUAAUGACAGUAAAUUUGUUGGAGGAUCCAUGGGAGUGGGAAGAGGAGGCCCUUCAUGGGGGAGAAGUGACUUCGAAUCAUGGAGUCCUGAAAACAGUCCAGUAAGAAACCAAGAAUACAACAGGCCUGACAAAGGCUUUUCAGAGCCCAGAAUCAAUUCUGGAAGAAGCUAUGGGCCUAUUGACAACAACCAGCAACAACAGCAGAGACAAAGGAGUCCUUAUGGAUAUGGAGAGCAAAACAGAUAUGGAAACAACAACAGAAGAUGGCGUGAUAGAGAAUAUUGAAACUGAUGAAAUUGUUGUUCGAGUAAAAGAUGAUGAGACUUUCCCUACUCAUAGAGAAGAAGCUGAUGCUUUUGGUUUUGGGCGUUGAAAAUGGGUUUAAAAAGCAUUGAAUAAGAGCUUCUCCUUGGCGUUCUUCUGUAUUUUGCAAGUUUUUUCUUCCUAUACUUUCAAAGCCCCUUGAAGAAUGAAAAUAACACAAAUUCACAACAGCUGACUGUUACCAGAAGUAUGCUCCUUUUUUCUAUAAAAAAAAAAAAUUAAAAGUUAAAAAUAGGGGCUUUGGCUUUUGACCUGUAAAAUUUAGUUCCAUGAGCUUGGGUUUGUAGGGGAGGGGGGGGAUUUUAUUUUUCAAUAUCAAUUAUUAUUAGUGUUACCUUCUUGUUUUUGAAAGUGUGUUGAUGAGUUCAUAGAUCUUCCAAUUUUCAAUCUAAAUUUGAAUGAGGCUUCAGCAAUUUA